AUGGGCAAGUUUGUGAAACCCAGGAAAGUUGUGCUGGUUUUAGCUAGAUGUUGCUCUGGCUGCAAAGCUGUCAUCAUGAACAACAUUGAUGAUGGCAUCUCAGACCACCAUUAUAGCCUUGCCCUGGUGACUAGAAUUGACUGCUAUCCCCGAAAAAUAACAGCUGCCAUGGGCAAGAAGAAAAUCACCAAAAGAUCAAAGAUCAAGACCCUAGUGAAAGUGUAUAACUACAAUCAACUCAUUCCCACAAGGUACUCUGUGGACAUCUCCUUGGACAAAACUGUUGUCAACAAGGAUGUCUUUAGAGACCCAGCUGUGAAACACAAGGCCAGUUGGGAGGUCAAGGUCAAGUUUGAGGAAUGA